AUGGUGGAAAAUGAAGGGUGCUUUGGGGUUUUUGGGGCCUGGGUUUACGAUUUUGCGAAGGAAGGACCCGAAAUUGCAAAAGAAUUAGGAAAAAUUGCUAGCCUUCCUCUACCACUGCAGCACCCACUAGUAGCCACCCUAUCCAGUGGCGACUUAUUUUUCUGUGAGAUGGCCGAUUUUUCGGAGCUCUUUGUAGAGCUCACCACCAUAGGCAUACUCCAAAAUCAA